UUAUCGCUCCUGGAAAUAGACAAAACCGGUCUGGAUUUACAUUUCCCAUCCAUAAAUAGACCUAAUCUAUCUAUAUAUUUCCACCACCUUUCACAACUCCACCGAUCAAGCAAAGAAAAAAUGUUGCUAGACAAGAUGUGGGAUGAUGUCGUCGCCGGUCCUCAGCCGGACCGCGGCCUUGGCAAGCUCAGAAAGAUCACCAGCCUCACCGUCGAUGCUGAAGGAGAGUCGAGCAAGUAUCAGAGGUCGUUGUCGAUGCCGGCGAGUCCAGGUACACCUUCUACUCCGGUGACACCUACAACUCCGGUGUCUGCUCGCAAAGAUAACGUAUGGAGGAGUGUUUUCCACCCCGGUAGCAACAUAGCCACCAAGAGUCUCGGCGCUCACAUGUUUGACAAGCCAUCGCACCCUAAUUCUCCCACUGUUUAUGACUGGUUGUAUAGUGGCGCGUGGGAGUAAAUCUCCAUCUUUUUGCAUGCAUGCAAGUAUAUGGCUGUACAGUGGAGAAACAAGGAGCAAGCAUCGCUGAUGUGGCAGGGAAUUAGAGGUCCCACCCGUGUAAAUAGUUGUCGUUUUGUUUUCUGUUUGCAGUUUGUCCUCGUCGUUUUGUUGGUGCUAUUAUGGCUAGGAAGCUGACUAAGUAUUUUUAUGCUACUUUUUGUUAGUGAAAAUGCCAACGUGUGGGAUGUAUCAUCCACCGUUGAUGUUAUGGUAUUUGUAAGUGUGAGAUCUGCCCUUGGACGGUCGUGAUGAAACGACUUUUUGUUAUUAAAUAAAUAAAUUAUAUGUUUUAUAA